GGGCAAGGGAGGACAGCUCAAGCUUUCUGAAGGAGAGGGAAAGUGAGGAAGAAAAAUGUGAGGAAAAAGUGAAGAGACAGAAACAGCAUGUAAAACCUAGGGCUCUUCUGUCAUGGAUCCUGACAUCCUGAAUGGUGUUUACAUGUCAGAAGCCUUGAACCCUGUCUUUGUGGAUAACUUUGAAAGGGAUCCUACACUGACCUGGCAGUACUUUGGUAGCUCCACAGGGUUCUUCAGGCUCUAUCCAGGAAUAAAGUGGCUACCAGAUGAGAAUGGGGUCAUCUCCUUCGACUGCAGGAACCGUGGCUGGUACAUCCAAGCAGCCACAUCUCCCAAGGACAUCGUCAUCAUUGUGGAUGUCAGUGGAAGCAUGAAGGGCCUGCGGAUGACCAUUGCCAAACACACCAUUGUCACCAUUCUAGAUACUCUUGGGGAAAAUGACUUUGUCAAUAUCAUUGCAUACAAUGAUUAUGUUCAUUUUAUUGAACCCUGUUUUAAGGGUAUCCUGGUCCAAGCAGACAGAGACAACAGAGAGCAUUUCAAGCAGCUGGUGGACGAACUACAGGCAAAAGGAGUGGGAACGGUGAACAAGGCCUUGACGGAGUCCUUCAAAAUCCUGAGGGAGUUCAGAGACGCUGGCCAAGGGGGCUUGUGUAACCAAGCCAUCAUGCUGAUCACAGACGGAGCAGUGGAGGAUUAUGAAGCUGUGUUUGAAAAGUACAACUGGCCAGAUCGGAAGGUCCGGGUUUUCACUUACCUCAUUGGACGGGAGGUCACUUUUGCCCCCAACGUGAAAUGGAUCGCUUGCAACAACAAAGGCUACUAUACCCAGAUCUCCACACUGGCGGACGUCCAGGAGAACGUGAUGGAGUACCUGCAUGUUCUCAGCCGUCCUAUGGUCAUCAACCAUGACCACGACAUUAUAUGGACUGAAGCCUACAUGGACAGUGCGCUCUUUGCAUCUCAGGCUCAAAGUCUGUUGCUCAUGACAACAGUGGCUAUGCCAGUCUUCAGCAAGAAGAAUGAGACGCGGUCUCACGGCAUUCUCCUGGGUGUGGUGGGCUCUGAUGUGCCACUGAGAGAGUUGUUAAAACUUGCUCCACGUUAUAAGCUGGGUGUCCAUGGAUAUGCCUUUCUGAACACCAACAAUGGCUACAUCCUCUCACACCCAGACCUCCGUCCUUUGUAUAAAGAAGGAAAGAAACUGAAGCCUAAGCCAAACUACAACAGUGUGGAUCUCUCAGAAGUGGAAUGGGAAGACCAGGAUGAAAUACUGAGAACUGCCAUGAUCAAUGGGGAAACGGGCUACCUCUCCAUGGAUGUGAAGGUCCCCGUGGAUAAAGGGAAACGAGUUCUCUUCCUCACAAAUGACUAUUUCUUCACGGACAUCAGUGGCACACCCUUCAGCCUGGGGGUUGUGCUGUCCAGGGGACACGGCGAGUACAUUCUGCUGGGGAACACUUCAGUGGAAGAAGGUUUGCACGACCUGCUUCAGCCAGACCUGUCUUUAGCAAACGAAUGGAUUUACUGCAUCACAGACAUCGAUCCAGACCACCGGAAGCUCAGCCAGCUGGAGGCUGUGAUCCGUUUCCUCACGGGAGAGGAACCUGACCUAGAAUGCGAUGAGGAGUUGGUCCAGGAAGUGCUGUUUGAUGCAGUGGUCACUGCACCCAUGGAAGCCUACUGGACAACACUAGCCCUCAAUAUGUCCACGGAGUCUGAGGCAGGGGUUGAGAUGGCAUUUCUGGGCACUCGGGCUGGACUCAUGAGGAGUGCCCUGUAUGUGGGCUCUGAGAAACUUUCCAACAGGAAAUUCCUGACUCGGAAGGACAAAGAGAGUAUCUUCACCAUGGACCACUUCCCUCUGUGGUACCGCCGGGCAGCUGAGCAUCCCCCCGGGAGCUUCAUCUACAGCAUCGUUUCAGAAGAUGACUCAGAGGGCGGCGGCCUACCAAAAGUGGUGACAGUUAGCACGGCAGUGGCUGUAUCUGUCGAUGGGAAGAUGGGUAUUGCUGCAGCGGUGGGCGUGCAAAUCAAGCUGGAAUUACUCCAACGCAAGUUCUGGAUGGCCAUGCAGCAGCCCAACGACACCGAUUGCAGUGCCUUUGAUGGUGCCUGUCCACUCAGCUGUCAGGACGACGUUCUGAAUUGCUUUCUCAUUGAUAAUAAUGGCUUUAUCCUCGUUUCCAAAAGACCUCCAGAGAUUGGAAAAUUUCUUGGUGUGGUGGAUGGCUCAGUAAUGACCCAGCUACUGAACAUGGGCAUGUUCAGGCGGGUGACAAUGUAUGACUACCAAGCAAUGUGCAAGGUGCCCUACCACCACCACAGUGGUGCCCGGCCGCUGCUCAGUCCAAUUUAUGCCUUUCUAGCUGCACUGAAAUGGCUGAUAAGUGAUUUCCUCAUCUUCCUGUUGGAGUUUAACAUGAGUAGCUUCUGGCAUUCCGAAAACGUGGCAGACGCCAAGGCUGUCUUCCAUCACUCCCACAAGCACAAGAAGCACGACACGCUGCAGCCCUGCGACACAGAGUACCCCGUCUUCGUGUACGAGCCGGCCAUCAAGGAGACCAACGGGCUGAUCGAGUGCGGGGACUGCCAAAAGAUGUUUGUGGCCCAGCAGAUUGCCAGCAGCAACCUGCUGCUUCUUGUCACAGAUGCCACCUGUGACUGCAGCAUCUUCCCACCUGUCCUGCUGGAUGCGAAGGAAGUCAAAUACAACGCAUCGGUGAAGUGUGACCGCAUGCGCUCCCAGAAGCUGAGGCGGCGACCAGACACGUGCCACGCAUUUCACCCCGAGGAGAAUGCCCAGGACUGUGGCGGUGCUGCUGAGCUCUCUGUCUCCCCCAUGCUGCUCCUCCUGCCCCCAGCACUGCUGGUGCGGUGACACUGCCCGCAAUGGGGACACGGCGAGGGACAAACUGCCAACCCUUAUGGGGACACCGGGAUGGCAGUGUGCCGUGGGAGGCACAGGACUCUGCCAGGCAGAUCUUGCCUUAGGAGAGUGGGCAUGUGGGGGACCCUGCCUUGUAAGAGAGGCUGGGGUUUUGAGCCAGUACAGGGCCUUCAGGGUUCUCAGUAGUGAAGCAACUUCUCCUGGUCUUGGGAUGGUCAUCAUCCAGAACCCUGGGCUCAGGACACGGCUCUGGUCCUGAAUUGCACUGACUGCCUGCAGGCCGACCAUGGUAGACAGCAUGGCUUUGCCAGGCAGCUGCACCUCGCUGAGGACCUGCUCCGGGCACCGCCAGCACAAUGCGCAGAUGCAUCUCCAGGUGUGGAUGUGCUCCCAGGAAGGGGCUGUGUGCUGCCCACCAAGGAGAGGCUCCUUCCCUUGGGGCAGUGCCGCCCUGAGGCUGCCUGUGGCUGUCCAGGGCCCUGAGCAUGUGGCCAGCAGGCACGGGCUGCUUCUCACAGAGCUUUAUGAACAAGGGGUGGGGAGCACCCAUCUUUCAUCUCUUUUUGUAUGAACUGCUCCAUACCAUCUCAUUAAAAAGAAUAUAUAUGGCAUAUUUUAAAUAGAUAUUUAAGCUUUAUCGUGUCGUCAUUGGUGCUCAUCGUAGUCCUACAGAAACUCCUCUCCCUGCCGAACGCAUGGGGAUGGGCACAGGUGGAGGCCAUGGGAAGGGGCCUGCGUGCCCAGAGGCCCACAGGUGUGCUCCAGGGGAGUGCUGGGGUCAGGGGGUGCUGCCCCUCAUAGCGCCGGG